AUGGCUUCAGAUCCUCCAUUAAAGGGCAUCAAAGUCCUCGAGUUUGCCGGUCUUGCUCCUGGCCCCUUUGCAGGCCUCAUGCUCGCCGACGCAGGCGCCUCCGUCCUCCGCAUCGACAAGCCCCCGUCCAACGCCGAAGGCGCAGUCCCCUCCCCGGACCUCCUCGCCCGGCACAAGUCCUCCCUCAUCGUCAACCUCAAGAACCCCCGCGGCGCCGCCCUCAUCAAGCGCCUCGCAAAACACAUUGACGUCCUCAUCGACCCCUUCCGACCCGGAGUGCUGGAGAAGCUCGGCCUCGGCCCGGACGCCCUGCUCGCCGCCAACCCGCGCCUCAUAUACGGCCGCCUGACGGGCUUCCGCCGCGACGGCAGAUACGCCAGCAUGGCCGGCCACGACAUCAACUAUCUCGCGGCGUCCGGCGUCCUCGCGCUCCUCGGCAGACGCGGCGAGAAGCCCUUCCCGCCAUGGAACAUCCUCGCCGAUUUCGCCGGCGGAGGCGCCAUGCUCGCCCACGGCAUCCUCCUCGCAAUCAUCGCCCGCGCCUCGUCAGGAAAAGGCCAGGUCGUCGAGGCCAACAUGGUCGACGGCAGCUCGUACCUCGCGUCCUUCCCGCGCAUCGCCCUCAAGACCCCCGUGGGGGACAAGCCGCGCGGCAGCAACAUCCUCGACUCGGGCUGCCCGUGGUACGACACGUACGAGACGGCCGACGGCGAAUACAUGGCCGUCGGCGCCCUCGAGCCGCAAUUCUUCCGCGCCCUCCUCAAGGGCCUCGAUCUAUUACACGACCAACCAGGCUGGGAAGAUAAACGGCACGACGCUUCCCUCUGGCCUCGCCUCCGCGCCCUCUUCACAGAGACCUUCAAGCGCAAGACGCGCGCCGAAUGGGAGGCCGUGUUCGACGGCACAGACGCGUGCUGCGUCCCCGUGCUGCACUACCGCGAGCUGGAAUCGCAGCAGCCCCUCAGGGAAGGCGACCAGAGGGCCGCGGUGACGCUCCGCAGCACUCCGCUCUACUCGCCCGCUGACGAACAGGGAGGCGGCUAUGUGGGGACGCACCUGGUGCCUGGUCAUGGGGGAGAAAAGGUCCUCAUGGAGUGGACUGGCUGGGAGAGGGGAGGGCAGUAUGAGCUUGAAGGGGGCGCGGCUGCGUUGAGAGACGAGAGGGGAGCGUCUAAGCUGUGAUUGCAUUUUAAGAACUCAUCUUUCUGAUUCUUUAUCAUGAUAUAUGGAUGGACCGCAGGUUGACGCAAUGCUCCCUUGGGACAUAUAUCAGCGUUCUGUUAUGCUUGUAUAAUUUCCCUUUUUGUUUUCUAUAUACCAUCGCAAAUAUCACACAACGCAGCAUGUAAUGAGGCAAUACACACC